AUGGCCAUAGAAGAAACUCAAAUGGAAGAAGAUCAUGAUCAACAAGAAUAUAAAGAAGAGCUUGAACUAAAGGAGGAGAAAAUGGAGAAGAGUUCCAAGUCUCCUCCCAAGAUAGAACUUAAACCCCUUCCCCCUUCUUUGAAAUAUGCUUGUCUUGUAGAUGAAGGGGAAUACCCUUUUAUUGUCAAUGCUACCCUUGAUGGUCUUGAUUUGGUAAAAUUGCUUGUUGUGUUGAGAAAAUAUAGAAAUGUGAUAGGCUUUGAUGAGGCUUGUCUUGAGGCAUUUCAAAAACUCAAGGGAGCUCUCAUUUCCUCUCCCGCUGUGCAAGCUCCGGAUUGGAGCUUGCCUUUUGAGCUAAUGUGUGAUGCGAAUGAUUUUGCAGUAGGUGCGGUACUUGGGCAAAAGAAAGAAGGAAAAUCUCAUGUCAUUUACUAUGCAAGUAGAACUCUUGAUGAAGCACAAAAGAAUUACACAACGACGAUGAAGGAAAUGCUUGCGGUUGUUUUUGCCAUCGACAAGUUUAGGUCCUAUCUUAUUUGCUCCAAAGUGAUUGUGUACACGGAUCACAUAGCGGUUCGCUAUCUCAUGACCAAGGGGGAGUUGAUAAGUCUAGGCUUUCGUUUAAGAACAAGGAGGAUAUAG